UUUGGGCAAAGUGAAAUUUAUUUUUUAGUAAAGGAUAUUUAAUUUUUGUAAUGUGACAAUAUUUACCGUUCUCACUGUAUAUCACCUUGACUAAGGUUUUAUUUUUUUUAGUGGCUGUUAUUUUUUCGCGAAAUAAUUUUUUUAAUUCUCCUUUUUUUUAUUUUUUUCAUUUAUUUAUUUUUAUUUCAUCUUAUUAAUUUAAUCAUUUAAAAAAGAAAAAAAAAACAUGGCAUCUGACCAUAAUCAAGAAUUACCGCCAGAAAUUCUUGAAAAGCUUCGAAAUCUUGAACUAGAAUUAGAAGAUGGGGACAUUACUUUAAAAGGUUUUGAAAAAAAGAAAGCUAGCUUAUUAGCAGAUUUUUCAUCUUCUAUUCAGCAAAAAAGCGAAGCCGAACUGAUUGAAGAACUAGGGCCUGAACCAAGUGCUGCUGAUGUAGUGGAUUUUUUGGAUUUUUUACCUUCUCCAACUCACUCUCCUACACGUACAGUAGAAGCUGUUAAUUUAAUGGAAAAUAAUCAUCGUCAAAUACAACAACAACAACAGCAACAGCAACAGCAGCAACAACAACAACAGCAUUAUCAACCACAACAACAAUAUGUACCAUUAUCUCAACAACAUAUGAG